AUGGAGCUCACAACGGAAGAGAUUGUAGCCGUGACCAUACUUGGUUUCUUCUAUGUUAUACUCUUGGGCCGUUACGCUCUACGGUUUCUCAAGUGGUGCAACAGAGAAAAGAAAACCACAGCCACAGACCUCGAGGCUCAGAAUGGCACUGGAACUACCGACAAUACUGCGAUAAAAGAGCAGUUAUCGGUGUUUUUGAGGGAGGAGGCUACAGAUAUUGAGGCUCAAAUUAAAAUUACUCCUACUCCUCCUACUACGAAAGGAUCAUCAUCGCGGUCAGACGCCCAACCGUCGUCGAGCUCGUCGAUACAGAAGCCGAAACCGAGUAAUAGUGCUAUGAAAAAUUCAUCAUUGCCAUUGGAACAGUCGCCCAAAGGGAAGGGCAAAGGAAUCGAGACUCAAAACGAGACUACUACCAGGACUACGAAAGAGCCAUCAUCCCCAAUGGAUCAUUCGUUGUCGUCGUCAAAAUCAUUGUUAUGGUCGCCACCGCUGAGGGAAGCAGCAGAAAUCGAGACUCAAAACAGAAUUAUUACCAGUACUGCAAACAAAUCAUCAUCGCCAUCGAAACAGUUGUCGUCGAGCGACGUGGUGCAAAUACCUAAAUCAUGUGCCAUUCGAACUUAA